CGGAUAGAUUACACGUUUCUUUCUUAAAAUGAAACUUUUAAAAACUUUAAUUGUCACACUUUUUGUAAAUUUUUGUGCAUCAUAUGAGGAGAAAGAUGAUAUGAUAGUUCAAAUAAAUGAUGGAAAAAUUUUGGGUCGUCAUAUGGUGUCCAAUUCUGGGAGAUCGAUUAGAUCUUUCAUAGGAAUACCAUUUGCUGAAAAACCUUUGGGGGAUUUAAGAUUUAAGCCUGCACAAAAACCGAAACCAUGGGACGGAGUUCUACCAACUCAAGAUAGGCCAAAUUUAUGCCUUCAAUUUAACCCGUUCAUACGCUCAUGGAUUGUUCAAGGUGAAGAAGAUUGUCUUUAUGUCAAUGUAUAUGCACCUGAGAAAAGUGAUAAAAAGUUACCAGUACUAUUUUACAUUCAUGGCGGGGGUUGGAUAAGAGGCGAUGCUUAUCCUUACUCACCGGAAUAUCUCCUUGACCAUGAUAUAGUUUAUGUGGCAGCAAACUAUCGAGUUGGAACUUUGGGAUUUCUAUCAACUGAAGACGAGAGUAGCCCGGGAAAUUAUGGGUUAAAAGAUCAAUCAUUUGCUCUCAAGUGGGUUCAAGAAAAUAUUGAAUAUUUUGGUGGUGAUAAGAACUCUGUAACAAUAUGGGGAGAGUCUGCUGGUGGAGCUUCAGUGAAUUAUCAUAUGUUUAGUCCAAUGUCAAAAAAUCUUUUUCAUCGAGCAAUUUCCCACAGUGGAACUUUAAAUACCUGUUGGUCAGACCCGGAAAGAAAAGGAGAUGCAAGAAAGAAAGCAUUAUUCAUAGCUGAACAGGUUAAUUGUACGCAAUCAAAUGAUGAAGACACAAAAGAACUUAUUGAGUGCUUGAGAAAAGUUGAUGCUAAAAAACUUAUUGAAGCAUCGACUGAAAUGUACACUUGGGAUAAUGAUCCAGUGGUUUUGUUUCAACCAGUCGUUGAAGAUUUCGAAUCAAAUGAAGAACCAUUCAUAUCUGAGCGCUCUUUCGCUAAUCAUUCAGUUGAUAUUCCUUGGCUAAUUGGCAUGAAUAGUGAAGAAGGCCUUUUAAAAGUUGGUGCUAUUAUCGAUAGUAAGGACUUUACUGAUGAAUUAUUAAGUGGUUGGGAUACUAUUCUUCCUGAUUCAUUCCUAUAUAAUCACUUAAACGAGAAUGAACAAAAUGAAAUCACAAAGAAAAUUAAUGAUUUUUAUUUCGGCAACAUAACAGUUUCCGAAAGAAUGCGAGAACCAAAAGAUUUGAUUGAUUUGUGGACAGACGGAUGGUUUAUUGGAAUGUUUGAAAGCUUGAAAAAUAGAUUUGAACUAGGUAGAAAUGUCAAUACAUAUGUUUUCUAUUUCACACACAAAAGCACAGCAAGUUUCAGUCAAUCGAAAGACUUUUAUGGAACAUGUCACGUUGACGACUUGAUUCCACUGUUUUCGCUAAGAAAAUCAUAUUAUUACAGUUCUGUACCUACUCAACAUGACAAAGAUUUGAUAAGGGUGAUGACUGCGAUGUGGGUGAACUUUGCGAGAACAGGAAAACCAAAUCCUGACAAUAUACCUUCUCUGCCACAAUGGCCUACCGCUUCUGGAACCUCAAUGAAAUACCUUCAAAUUGGAAAUGAAAAUGGAAAUUCUCAAAGUCUCUUUCAAUUGAAAGAAAAUUUUUUGACUGAAAGGUCAGACUUUUGGAUAAAAUUAAGAGAGGAAUUCAAACUAAAUUCAUGGCAAAAAGGUAAAGCAAUCAAAAAGGAACUUUCAUUGAUAUUAUUUGUACCUUUAUUAUUUUUAUUAAAAAUUAUAAGUUAAAAUGCAAAAGAAAUAUAUUUUUCAGAUUAAAUCAUAUCGUAAUUGAUGUCAUUAUUCAAUUUCGGAAUGCGUAUAAUUCCAUUUUAAUGCUAUAACUGGAAUUUUAACAAAUUUUAAACUGAAUUAAUUUUUGUGAAUAAAAAUACUUAACGGUAGAAAUAAAUUCAAAAGUUUUUAUUAAAGGCGAAAGCUAAGAACAUUUUUUUAUAUUCACACAAUGCUCUAUAUUGCUCUACAUGUGCAUGGUGUGCUACAGUUUUACUGUAAAUUAUUUUUCUUUGAAAUAUGUGUCCAAAUUUAAUAUGAGCGCUUUCUUAAACAUAUUUUGUUAUGUUAUACAUCAUUAAAUAAAGUUCAAACUUUAAGAAUAUUUAAAAAUUAUCUUUGGGAUUUUUUUAUUUAACAUUGAAAAAAAAAGCAAAAGUCAGGUAUAAUAAAUAUAAAUUAUUACACUAGAAAAAAAUAUUAUGAAAUGAAAAAACAUGUAAAACAUACUUGGAAUUGAAAAUGG